UGACAUACAUAACUUUGCGCAAUACGAAUUUUGCGUAAGCACGUGAUAGAGCAAAACAUUUUAUUCUUUUUAUAAGAAGAUAUGUAAUAUACCGUCAACCGAGUAGUUAUUUUUCGGUUUAAUAUUCUUUAACCAGUUCUCUCAAUACUAUACGGGUACGGAAUUCUUAAUCUUUCCAGUGGAGCAAAACAUUGUGAAAUUAACGAACAUAUAAAAAUAAAUUAUCGUUCAAAGAGAAUAUUCAAUCAUGUCAGAAAAAUUCGAAGAAGGUCAAUUUAGCGACGCCGAGGAAGAGAACGAAGUACCUUGCACGCAGAACAAAGUCAAAGAAACAUCGUUUGAUAUGUAUUCUCAUGUAUAUCUCGAAAAAAAAGUGGCCAAUUUGCAUAUUACUGAUGAAUAUUAUUGUAACAAUGAUUAUGAUUUAUAUGAAGAUAAGAAUGCUGUUAUAAAAACGAGUUCACAAAGAUUCAAUACUCAAGAACCACCUACCAAAGUAACAAAUUAUCAACCAAAACACAAGUUGUUGACUCGUUAUGCAAAUAAGAUUAAUUUAGAGAAAUAUGCGGGUCCGUCAUUGCCAGACCAUGUAGCCAAUGUACUGAUUGAGAACGACAAACGUGUUGCUAAAGAUCGCAUAAGGAUGAAAGAUAAGAGCGAUCACGCGACGACCGAGAAUGUAUUGGAUUCACGUAUCAAGAAGAAAUUGCACAAACUGUUUGAGAGAGGAGUGUUAGCAGAAAUAAAUGGUUGUAUUUCGACUGGGAAAGAAGCCAAUGUAUAUUAUGCCAAGUCGAAAAACCAAGACGAGAUUGCUAUAAAGAUAUAUAGAACAUCCAUCCUAACAUUUAAAAAUCGAGAAAAAUAUAUUAGAGGAGAAUAUCGUUUCGAUCAUGUAUAUUCUUUGCACAAUCCACGCAAAAUGGUGAAAAUCUGGGCAGAAAAGGAAUUCUCUAAUUUAAAGCGUUUGGAACAAGGUGGUGUCAGAGCACCACAACCACUUUUAUAUGGUGGUCACAUGUUGUUGAUGGAGUUUCUGGGUUCAGAUGGCUGGGCGGCACCUAAACUAAAGGACGCUGUACUUACAGAUUCAAAAUCGAGGAUGUUAUAUAGAGAAUGUAUCGAAAUUAUGUGGAAAAUGUAUAAUAAGUGUAGGCUUGUUCAUGCUGAUUUAAGCGAGUAUAAUAUAUUGUAUCACAAUGGAUCAGUCGUAGUUAUUGAUGUUUCACAAGCUGUAGAUCGUGAUCAUUGUAAUGCAACUGAAUUUCUAAGAAAUGACUGUAGCAAUAUCACAGCAUUUUUCAAAAAGCACAAUGUAGGAGUUAUGUCACUUCAAGCAUUAUUUGAUUUCAUAACAGAUCCAACCAUAAAUGAAAAAAAUAUGGACGAAUACCUAGAUAUUCGAAUGCAAGAGGCAAAUAAUGAAAAUGAUCCACAGCAGCAAAUAGAAGAGGCAGUUUUUAAGCAAGCUUAUAUUCCUCAAAGAUUAACUCAGGUAGUCAAUGUGGAACGUGAUAUAAAUCUUGCAAAAUCUGGAAAAAAUUUGAUUUACAAAACAUUAAUUGGCUUGAAAGCAGACUUAUCUAAGCCUGCAGAAGCACCUGAGAUUCUAGCUGACAAACAUAAGAAAGUUAAAAAUACAGAAAAAGAAAGCGAUACUUGUUCUUUUUCUGAAGAUAGUGAUAAUUCUGAGAGUGAAAAUGAUAGCGAAACAAAAAGCGAGGAUAAUAAGAGCAAAUUCAUAAAUUCGGCUAGGCCCCGAAAUGAAAGUCCCGACAGCAAAAAAGCACGUAAAAAGACAGUCAAAGAACAGCAAGCAGAGAAAAGGAAAAUUAAAGUAAAAAAGCAUGUGAAGAAACGUAAACUAAAAGUAUCAAGAGGGGGAAAAUAAAUAAAUUCAUGUAAAAAAAAAGGAUAUGAGAAGAUUAUACAAUGUGUUUUCACAUUGAUAAUAAUUUAUGACUAUUUAAUGAGCCAAGUGUUAUUUUUACAAGUAAUGCAAACAUAUUAAAAAAAAAAAAUACAAAGAAAUUGUAUUCCAAUUCACUAAAGAUGUUCAAGCGAGAUUGGACUUGCAUAUAAUAAAAAUAUGUCAGCAUACA